ACACACACACACACACACACAUAUACAGUCUCACGUGUUUCAACACACCCAUCACCCAGCUUCCCGUCCAGCUUCUUCUUUUUCUCUAAACUUCGGCAAAAUAGAACAGAGUGUGUUCACUGCAGUGUCAGGUGCAGAGAAACACACACACACACACACACACACACACUGAGAUAUAGAUGAUAAUCGAAGUGAGAAGAAAAGAGGAGGAGCAGGAGGAGGAUAUAUGGGUCAUCGAUAGACGUGUGAGACGUUUUGUGACAGAAGCGUGUCAGACUCUCGGCUCAGUGGGACGACACUCGCUCAGGAAGGUGCACUGAACAGGAAAACGAGAGAGAGAGAGAGCGAGAGCGCGAGAGAGAGCGAGACGGAGGGAGAAAGAGGAAGAGAAGGGUUGUGUCUUUCCGGCCUAGAUUAAUGCGAGUUUAACCUCAGAGAACAGCCACAGCACGGAGAAAAGAACAGAACUGAGACUGAGAUGAAGAGAUGUCAUGGUUAUGAAUAAAAAGUCAUCGUGUUUAAAUCUCUGCUGAAGAAACUAAAGCUGCAGAUGUUUAUGAUUUUCGGGACAUGCUGAAGCUCACGGCACGUACCUGAAUCGAACAUAUCCAAUCGCGGUACAAGAAAAAGCAAAAAAUAAAUAAAAAGCUCUUCACCGAGGUGCUGCAGUGAAACAGGAUGUACCUGCUUUUCAUCUCUCUGGUCUUCUCGCUAGCUCUCGGACCUGACGUCAGGCUCCUGAACGCAGAGGAGUCCACGAGCAUGCCGAGUAAAGAGAGCACGGUCUUCCCGCAGGUGACCGGAUCGAGAUCAGGUGAAAACUCUCCCACUGAGCCUGAGGAAACAACCAUGAAGAACAUGGAGUAUGAUAACAACAACUUCUCCACCACUGAAGGUCUAACAACUGAGACUUGGAAUGUGCCGCAAACAUCAGACGGACGCACAGUGAUGUCCAUUCCAGAGCUUCAGACGACUUCAGAGCUUCAGACCAUGUCAGUGCAUCUGACUCCAGAGCCUGCAACCAUUCCUGCGACCGUCAUGACGACGAAUGAGCUCACCACUCCGGCUGCUCCUUCCGAACCCACGUCUCAGCCCGUGACGGAGAAGACCACUAUGACAAACAUCAUCAGCACUAAGCCUCCUGAGACCCCAUCUCAAACCAUCCCUGAUACAACAGCCUUAAGCACAAAACCACCAGUUUUCACACCUACACCUGCUUCUGUUGAGAAAGUGGAGACCACCGACACUUCUCCAACAACCAUGCCCACACCUAGCACCACCACCACCAUCACCACCACCACCACCACCACCAUGCCCACCACCCCCCUCAUCACCACCAUGCCCACCACCCCCCUCAUCACUACCCAGGGGCAGGCCACCAACCUGAACCUUGUACUGUCUACAGAGGGUGAAGGGUCCAGGACGGGAACUAAAUGGUUAAUCAUCGCUGUCAUAGCGUUGGUCAUUUUCGGCAUAUUAACGAUUUUUUGCGUCACCAUCCUCAUCAAACGCAAGCAGAAGCGAAGUGGCAAGCAGAGCUUCGGCUACACGAACGGACAGAGGUCCAAGAAGAAGAAAGGCACGGAGGACAACGUCUGGGCGGGGCCCGUGGAAUUAGGAGGCGGGGAUUGCGAGGCUCCAGAUGAAGGCGAUGUGCAAGGAGAGGAGAAGAAGACGGACGGGGGAGGGGAGGUGACGGGGCUCAGCACUUUCGUGCCUUCGGAGGAGAACGGAGGCGUGGGGCGGCCGGGGUCACCCGAGGUCGGGAAGUGGGAGGAGAAAGAACCCUUGCUGUACAUUGACGAAGAAGCGACGCAGAAAGGAAAGGAGGCGGGAGCGAGCGGGGACGCAGACGUGAAGGAGGCGGAGCCUAAUGGCGGAGAAACAUUCUGUCUCACCACGGCCGUGUGAAAGCUCCUCCCCUUUUCACAAACUGAUGAGUUCCAAAUAUUUCAGGUCACGCUCCUGUAAAAGAAAAAUGAGUGAUUAGGUCACUGUAUACCCUUUUCUAUCGCUAUUAUAAUAUUAUAAUUACUAUAUUAUUAUAAUGUAAUUAUUAGUUGAUGUCAGAUACAUUAUUUCAAAUUCUUUUCUUUCUUACAUUCUGCUUUUUUCAGACAAAAACUUGAAAAAAUGACUCAAAACUGUACAAAAUAUAGGUCUGUGUUUUUCAGUACUUUCUGCUCACUUUAUUUAGCAAACGGCGAGCAGCGGGUUCCGGUCCGCACGCCUCUACUCUUCCACAUCAUUCUCAUUCCUUUCUGAUUCGUCUGUUUACUUUCAUGUUUGAAAAUGAGAACAUAUAUAUAUAUACAUUAUAAACUGCUGCAAACAUUCCAGAUGUGAGUACUGAGUAACACCAGCACUGUCAUAUCGCCUCCUGCAGUAACACAAUCUGAUGUCAUUUAUGUUUUAUUUGUUUAUUUGUUUAUGUGUUUAUGUACAUUUAUGUGUUUAUUUUCAACCAAUACAGCCGUUUGAUCCCGUGUCA